UUCAUAUCUACAAUUCCCUCCGAUUCAAUCUCAGCUCUAACGUUUCUCGACGUCGAUGCCCUAACCCUAAAUCCGAUCAGGAUUUCAGUUUUUCAGUAACAUGGAGAAUGAUAGAACUGAGCAAUCCACACAAACUUCAAUCAAGUUCAGGUGUAAAAAAGCACAUACUGGCGAGGCAAAAAAGAAUGACACUGGACCAACAGCUACAAAGAUCAUGGGAAUUGAUGAAAAUGACAAGUCAGAAAAAACCUUGGUAUCUCAAACGCCAGAAAAACCUGAGUGGAGGAUCAAGGGAAAGGAAAUCGGUUAUUCUUCGAGGAUGAAGCAUUUAUCUGAAAAUUUUCAGAGUCAUGAUCAUAUCAUUGAACCAACUACUACAGAUUAUGCAGAUGAUAGCACCAAAGGUCCUGCCAUCUCAGAAUAUUCUGAGAGAUAUAUGUGUGGUGAGAGAAGAUCACCAGUACAUGAAGCUGUUGAUAUUCCAGAGAAGUGCAAAACACUGGCUGACCUUUUUAAUGGAAUGGUAUGUUCUAUAAGACUGCUUAACUUAUGCAAAAUGGCAACGACCUUCCAAAAUAUUUCCACUCAAGUGGAGAUACUGACAAAAAGGAAGUUCUUAAGCAAUCAUCUUGCACAGAUGAAAUAUUUAUUUCCUGAGGCGAUUCAGAUGGAGAAGGUACUUGUCCAUGAAGUUUCAAGUUUGUGCAUGAAGCAGGACUUGAAGAUCACUCUGCUUUUACAUAUUGUGGACUGUCCUUCUGAUCCUGCCAAAUCUGCAUUUGCUGCUUUAUCUGAAGCCUUUAAUUCAAAGCUCAAGGACUUUUUUAAUGCUCAACCAGAGGUUGCUGAUGUUCCAGAGGCCAUUCUUCCAGACCCAUUUGACCAAAGAAAAGAUACCACUCUCAUAAACAAAUUGACUGAGAGAUCAGCAACAGUACCACCUUUGCAAAGUUUUGGCAACGUUGAUUCUGUGUCAAGUACAUCUUUUAUUCUUUCAUCAUUCCAUAAGCAGUUCUCUGGCAAAGUUGUCAUCCCAGAAACACUCAAAACUCAGCAACUUGCUAACCCUGAUUCAUUGGACUCUAUUAAGCCUGAUGAUGAGACUGCUGCAUUCAGCAGAAGUCCACAGAAGAAGGAUAAUAUAACUUUUGUUUCCACCAUCAAUUCUUCUCACAUGAUAUGCAUUCCAAAUCAGUUGACUGGUUCCAAAUUUUCUGAGGGCACUCCUACAAAAUCUUUUAUUAACUCAGAUGAGUUGAGGGUGGAGACUCCUGCACUGCAGACACCUAAAAGAGCUUUGCUUACUCCAAAUGAGAAGCCGGUUAUUGAGGGAGGAGGCUUUGUAACUGAAGCUAAGGUUUCUGGUUCAGUUCGUAGGUCACUAAUCUAUUCACCAGCAAAUACUGAUGGGGAUGUGUCAUACUUAGUUCAGUCAGGUGAACAGGAUGGUAGAGUCAAAUCUUUUUGUGAAAAGACAACUGCUAAAAGAUGUCUAACUGAUGAGGUUUGUGAUAGUGAAAUCAAGGAUCAACAGAUGAGGCAGACAGGGUCUGAGAAGCGCCAAGAAACGUUGGCUUGUUUGCCAAAUCUCUUCAAUAUGAUCAAACUCAUAUUUAGAUCAGUCAAUUGUUCUUUUAUCACUAAGAAGGAGCUCAUCCACAAGAUAAUCACAAUUGACCUCGAGAUUGAGGAUUCACGUGAAGUAGAAGAGCAACUGAGAUUGUUAGAAGAAUUGGUUCCAGAUUGGAUUAGCAAGAAAACUGAAACCACAGGAGAUUUUCUUUACAGUAUAAACAACUCGGUGAAUCCCGAUUUAGUUCGAGCGAGGCUUUUGGAAGCUCAGUGAGUGUUUUAAUGCCAAAAAUUUGUUUCCACUUGGAUUCAUAUGUUCUAUUUGUAUCUGUUGUUAAAUCUACAAAAAUGUUGUAAUGUCAUCUAAAUCAAUAUGACUUACUUUCUCCUUAAUAGUUUUAUAUAUAUUCUUUGAUAAAUUAGAAACA